AUGAAUUCGUUUCUUCAGAGCUUAGAAGAUCCAGCGCGACCUUUCCUAGGUCCGAACUACUGGAUUCUGAAGAAAAUGGGAUUACUUUUACCUAAAAGCAUAUUAGGCAAAAUUUUGUACAUUUUCUUGCACGAGACGGUCACCUUUUUUGUCGUUACUCAGUACAUGGAAUUGUACGUAAUCAGAUCAGAUUUGGAUCUCGUAUUGACUAACAUGAAGAUUUCCAUGUUAAGCGUGGUGUGCAUUGUAAAGGUGAACACCUUCGUUUUGUGGCAAAAGCAUUGGCGCGAAGUUCUGGACUAUAUUACAGAAGCUGAUAAUUUUGAAAGGCAAAAUGAAGAUCCGGUCAAGAGUCAGAUAGUUGAAGCUUACACUAAAUACUGCCGUCGGCUCACAUACUUUUACUGGGCUUUGGUCAGCACAACCUUCUUGACAACUACAUGUUCACCAUUAAUGCGAUAUCUGUCGUCAUCCACUUUUAGAGAGAACAUGCGUAACGGUACUGAGCCAUUUCCGCACAUCUUUAGUUCGUGGAUGCCCUUUGAUAAAUACCACUCUCCAGGUUGUUGGAUCACAGUCCUGUGGCAUACAGUACUUUGUGCUUAUGGUGCUGCAAUUAUGGCGGCCUACGACACUUGUAUUGUGGUAACGAUGGUAUUCUUUGGAGGAAAACUGGAUCUACUUCGUGAGAGGUGCAAACACAUGUUUGGCUCUUACGGUACUGUAAUUACAGACAAGCAAUGUGAAGAAGUAGUGCGGCAACUGCAUGGCAUCCAUGUGAUGCUAAUAAAGUACUCGAGAUUAUUUAAUUCACUGCUGUCGCCAGUCAUGUUCUUCUACAUGGUCAUGUGUUCGCUCAUGCUUUGUGCGAGCGCCUACCAACUGACUUCCGCACAGAAUGCCGCGCAGAAGCUUUUGAUGGCAGAGUAUUUAAUCUUUGGAAUCGCACAACUUUUCGUCUUCUGUUGGCACAGCAACGACGUUUUGAUUAAAAAUGAAAAUAUGACAUCAGGUCCAUUUGAAAGCAACUGGUACACAGCUAACUAUCGGCAAAAAAAAGACGUGUUACUUCUUUCGGGGCAGCUUCGCAUCAAGAACAUUUUUACUGCUGGGCCAUUCGCCAACCUUACUCUGCCGACCUUCAUUAAUAUACUCAAAGGGGCUUACAGCUAUUACACUUUGUUGAGGAAAUGUCAGAGACGUGUUGCUAUGGAAAAUCAGAAUCAUCCUGAGAGAGUUGUGCCGGUUCAAUAUGGUAGAGGUUCAAGAGCUUUUCGUCAGUUUAAAAAUCCUCCACAGCCGCACAUGUGUAUCCAAGAUACAAUAAAGGGCACUUCGGAGAAAUUAUACAUUAAUGUGUUGGGAUGGCAGAAAAUAGCUAACCCAAAACAGUAUUCAGAUCCCAUUCCUUUGUAUGGUGGAAUGCAGGUGCCACAGAACUAUGGUCCAAAUUCAGGGAGACCUCCGAUGAUAGUGUUUGCAGUUAUGGUGAAUCCAGACAUACUCAAAGCUAAUGGGAAAAAUGCCAGCAGCCCCACAGAUCGCGAAGCAUUAGUGAGUCUCCUCUGUGAGUUUGUGGAGGCUAUGAACCCAGGACUAGUGUUAGCAAGGAACCCUGUCAUCAUGAAGGAUAGAGACCUCGCCGGAGAACUGAAAGAUGUCUGGCUUGCUGUACAAAAUAAAAGAGAGCGGGAGAAAGGAAUGAAUCAAGAUGUUAUGUAUAAGGUUUAUGACAUAGAUGGUAUUGGUGAAGACAAUAUGAAUGAAGAUGAUGUUCAAAUGAAACAAGGUGGCUCUCCCAAUAGGGGACCAAAUGGUGAUAAAAAACCUGUAAAGUCAUCCAAGCAAAUACUGCUGAAUGCUGGCCAGAAAUCAGAAUUUGAUUCAGGUAUGAACAAUUGCCAAUUAAACCAGACACACUCAAACCGAGACAAUAAAACUGGUAAUAGUUCACCUGACACUACAUACUGUACUCCUGUUUAUGGUCAAAUAGUUUCAACGCGAGAAAAUCACAACCAAAUAAAUGACAUUCAACAAAAGUUCUCUUCAAAUGAAAUGAAACCUUCAAGCUCAUUCCGGAAGGACUGGAAUCCUAUGCAUGGCAAGACAACUGAAGGCUGGGACGAAUUCUCAAAACGCAACAUAUCCACAAUCAAAAGCGACGAUAAAAAACGAUGUAUCAAAGACAAAUCGAAAAUAAGCAAUGGCAAGUCUCACUACGAUUUCUUCCCAUACUUUGACAAUAAAUCAGCGAAUGAUGCGGAGGGUUCAGAGGAAGAAGACAGUAUGAACAAGGAACAAAUUACGAACGAAGAAAAUUCUAAAAUAAUUAUAGACCCAAUGCAGAAACUAGUUCUGCAUUCGACUGAUAAGAAUAUAUGUGAUAAUAACACAAGUGCUCUCAGCUCAAUAAGCUCAUAAAAUAAGCUUUUACAAACAUUUUUGUAUGGCAGUUGACAUUUAAAUAUUUGAUGUAAUCGCUUGCACGUCUGCAUACCCUCCUCGAACUCGUGACACUCGCAAUCUGAAUCGAGAUGUUUAUACUUGGUGAGUAGCUCAGUACUCAAAUGCCACAAUAAAAGCGAUUGUGCAAGUGUAACGUGAGCGAAUGAAUGGUCGGAAUAUUCAUGUAACAAUAGCAAUCUAGGUGGAGCAAUAUUUUUUUAAUUUUAUGGUGUUUAACUAAUAUUUAUGUUUGAGUAUGAGAUUUGUAUGCAUGGCUUGUGUUUGAUGGUUUUGUCUUGUUAGUUUUAUAGAUCACAAUAUUCCAGUCCAGCCAAAUUGUUUAUCACACGUAAUAAAAUUAGUUAGUGUUACAAAAUUAAAUAUUAUUGUAAAUUGUGUGCAUGAGAUUUUAUCACCUAUAGAUAUUGUGAAUAUUAAUGAGCUAUUUCACUUGUAAUCUUGGUAACAAUGUCACAGAAAAUAGACUUAUUUA